CAACAAUUAAUCAACUAACCAGUACUGUAAACCUUUGUGUUUUCUUGAACGAGACUUCUUUAUUAUAAUCAAUAUCAACAGCAGCAAGGAUGUUAUCUAACUUUUUCAAACGAAAGAGACAACAAUCAAUUUUUACAGUGCAACAAACAACAGCACCAACCACAAGUACAUCAAAUGGUCAUCAUCACCAUCAUCACAGACAAUCAGUGAUCAUAUCAGGACUCUCAGCAAGUAUUAGAGAAUUGGAACAAUUGGUAAAAUUACCUUCACAAGUUGAUGAGAAGGAUUGGUUGGCUCAACACGUUUUGGAAUUUUAUGAAAAUUUAUUCCUACUAAUUGAUAGUAUGAAAUUAAAUCAUGAUUGUACUGAAUUAAAUUGUCCAUCUAUGAGUGGUGGAGAUUGUUAUGAAUAUAGAUGGUUCGAUGAUGAAUCAACUAAUGUACAAUAUCAUCAACCAACAACAGUUUCGGCUCCUUUGUAUAUUAAUUUAUUAUCUGAAUGGAUUGAUACUAAAUUGGAUGAUCCAAAAGUAUUUCCACAACAAGAUGAUAAAGCAUAUCCAAAGAAAUUCAAACCAACUGUUGUUAAAAUAUUUUCAAGACUUUUUAGAGUUUUUGCACACAUUUAUCAUAGACAUGGAUCAUAUAUUAAUAAUUUAGGUAUCUCAGCUCACAUCAAUACUUUAUUUAAACAUUUCGUAUUAUUUACUGUAGAGUGGGAUUUAAUGCAGAAAGCAGAAUAUGGACCAUGUAUGAAUGUACUUUGUAAAUUAUUUGGUGAGGAAUAUGCCAAGAAGAAAUUCCAAUAA